AUGAACAGCAUUCUGCAAACCUCGCGCUCUGACAAUGACGACAAAUGCGUGUAUAACGCUAUAGAGAAUAGGGUCGUGAUUAGCAUGUUGCCGAAGAGAUCCGCUGGGGAGAUUCAAUGCAAUGACGUACCGGUGCAAAAGUAUAGGCGCGAUGACUACAAACCCGUAUGUUUUAUUCGUGCGGUGCCAAAUAGCGCGGUUAUGGUGUGCCAGUCUAUGACUGUUAUCGACACCGAAGCCGACACCGAGGGCAUUCCCACCCGCCAAUUCAGCUCCACCACCUGGUUGUGCGAGAAGGUCGGCAAGGUUAAGCUGGUGCCGCUUGAACAGUUCGAUGCCAGCGUUAUGUUGGCUGGUGGGUCUAUGACGAUGAUGGCAUUGCCUCUAAAGGGGGUGCUGGACGGAGCAGUGGCCCUGGGACUCACAAAGCGUGAUGUGCUUGCAUUCAGUGCACAGAUGCUGAAGGGGAUGGCUGAGCUAUUGGAAGAUGGCACUUCUCCUGCUGAAUUGAGUGAAAGUAUGUCUAACCAGUGGAACUAUAUGACCAGGAAGUUGUCGAACCUGGAGAAGAAGGGAAUCAGGGUGGCGUUUGCGGAGGCGAUGACGGAUUAG